AUGUCAAGCUGUGCCAAGUGUGCGGCACCAGCAGGGGAAUUGUCAUCAGCCCGGAAGGAACGCCACAUCCCGCAAUCAGUGCACCCGGCCUCUUCGGGGUCUCUUUGCGCUUCCGCUCCGCCAACACCUCCCUCUUCCCGCGUUGUGUUACCGUCCGCUCCGCACACUUGUUUCUCCCCCUCCCCUCUUCCAAAAGCUCUCCGCAUCUCGGGCAACCCCGCUCCCCCACCCCUCCCCGCAUACCAUGUGCGGCAUAUGGAGCAUUUCUCCCCCUUGAGUUGUCCGCGCACAUACAAAACUCUCCCCAACCCCAACCCCUCGAGAUCUCCUGGCGGCAUUCUGCCGUUUCGCGGAGCCCAUUUGAUGGCCGAUCAGGUCGAGUCCUCGUCGCCGCUUCAUGGGGGGCAAGGCAGCCAUGACCCGUCAAAUCCGUCGCUAAACGGAGGGACACCAGGGGCAUCGCUCCCCAUGAGCAUCCCCGCCGCUCCCGCCAGCAUCGCGAUCGAGCCCGACGGCUUUCCCGCCACGUCACUAUCCCCGCCAGCCGGCCGCAUCCUCAAUGCGGGAGCUGCGUCGAUGUCGCCGUCAAUGGCGCCGUCUAUGGCUCCAUUCAAUGUUCCGCACAUGGGGCAAGGCCUCCCCGCGCCUAUGGGGUACGGCCCGCCGGGGAUGGGCGCGCAAGGCAUGUACGGGCACCCAGGGGGCGGCGGCGGCGGCGGAGGCGGGUACAUGCACAGCGGAUCCCCGGUGGAGGCCAGUCCGCUCAUGCCGAUUGCCGCGGGUCCGCGCAGGCAAGCGCGCGGACACGGGGGGCAUGCGCACGGACACGCGCACGGGCACGGCGGGCAUCCGCACGCGCACGGGCACAUGGGGGGAAUGAUGGGGGGCCCGCAUCAUGGGGGAGGGGUGGGGAUGGGGAUGGCGAUGGGGAUGGGGAUGGGUGUUCCUAUGGGGAUGCCGCCGGCAGGAAUGAUGGCGGCGGCGGAUCGCGAGGGCGUCGUGGUGAUGCAGAGCGGAUCGCCGCAGAUGGCGCCGCAGAUGCCGGCGCAAAUGCCGGCGCAUUUGCCGGCCCAGAUGCCGCUGCCGGCCGUGGAACCCGCGGAGGCAGCCGGAAACGAGCUUCCGCACGAGGUAGUAGCGGCUGGGACGAACGGCGUCGCGGAUGCUUCUCCUAGCGCGGCGGAAGCGGCGGGGGCGGGGGAUGUUGAGAGUGCGGCGCAUUCGGGCAAUGGCGCGGCGGAAGCGGGGGGCUCCGAGGGGGCGGAGGCGAAAGCGGAAGUGGAAGCGGGAGGUGAAGGUGCGAGCUUCUUUUUCCCAUUGCAUUGCUCUCCUCCUUCCCCUCCUCCUGCCACCUGGGAUGUUCCGUCUUCUGCCGUCGGGACGGAUUCGGUUCUUGUUCCCCAUUCAAACAACCUCCCUCCUUCCCUGUGCCCGUCGGUUUCUCCUCCUCGUCUGCCCCUCCCCUUCGUCUGUCUCCCCUCCUCGUCCGUCUCUCCUCGUCCGUCCGUUCCCCCUCCUCGCCCGUCCGUUCUCCCUGGCAUGGGGCAUGGGGCAUGGGGCACAUGGCGACAGGUGGAGUUUUAUCUGAGCGAUCAGAACCUGCCCACGGACAACCAUCUCAUGAAGCUCGUGCGCAAGGACCCUGACGGAUACGUGCCGCUCAAGAUAAUAGCGGAGUUCCGCAAGAUCCGUGCGCUCGUGCCCCAGGGCUCGCCCAACGUCGCAGUCGUCAACCUUCUCGCCGUCGCCCUCAGAGCCUCGCCCUUCCUCGUAGUGGGGGAGGAUGGCAAGAAGGUGCGGCGGGCGGUGCCCCUGGGGGAGGUGGAUCUGGAGGAAGUGCAGGGGCGCACGGUGGUGGCGGAGAAUCUACCAGAGGACCAUUCCAUUCCGGCCAUGGAGGCUCUCUUUGCCAAGGCCGGCAAAGUGAAGAUGGUGCGAGUGUGCAAGCCUGAAGCGGCCAACAGUGCAAACCAGGCCGCCACAGCUGCAGCAGCAGCUGCGGGCGCGGGAGGGGGGGCAGGCGGGGGCAACAGCGGGAGGCACGGGCACAAGCAGCAUGCGCACCACCAUGACCUUGUGGUUACCAACAAGCUGCACGCGUUGGUGGAGUAUGAGAGUGUGGAGGAGGCGGAGAGGGCGGUUGAGAUGCUCACAGACGAGAACAACUGGCGCAGCGGCCUGCACGUGCGCCUGCUCAUCCGCAAACCAGCACAUGUACCAUGCCGGCACUCUCUCCCCCUGGCGACGGUGUCCUUUCCAUGCCUGACAGUGAGCCGAGCAGCAGCAGCCCCCGCAAGGGCCGGGCUAUAA